UAUGCGUAGACAGUGAGGCAUGGGCUGGUGUAGUAAAUUUUUCAAACUGUUCAACUUGCGAAAUCCUGAAGACGCAGUAGAUCAAGAUGUCCGCCACUCAUAUGCGCCCGAUAAACCACGUCGGCGUCUCCGUAAACGAUAUCGAAGCCGUAACGAAAUGGUACACCGAAGUCAUGGGCUUCAAGGUCCACGCCAACAAGAUCAAGCACAUCAGGCGCUCCGAAGACCCCAACAACGGCAUCUUCAAGAUCUACCCCUCAUCACUACAAGAAGUCAAGCUAGCCUUCAUGGCGACCGGCAACGGUGUUGGCUUUGAGGUCUUUGAGUUCUUGGAUCCUGUCUACCAGAGGGUCGAGGAGUUUGAGUACAACCGUGGUGGUUUCUUCCAUCUCUGUGUGACGGACCCCGAUCCGCAGGCUCUUUUAGCCAAGGUUCUCAGCAAGGGCGGGAGCAAAGUUGGUGAUGCUAUCGUCAAUAUGCCCAGUGGGUCGAAGUGUCUGUACUUUAGGGAUCCUUGGGGGAAUGUUAUUGAGGUUUUGGAUAUGAGCUUCGAUAGUAUGGCGGGGAUAGACACGGCCUGAUAUACAUUCAUGC